GGCGGCCCCGGCGAACGCGAGUUCUUUGGCAUGCUGGCCGACGACGAGCAGGAGUACUUCCGCCGAGCCGACGAGAUGCUCGAGCUGAACCAGUUCCCGACCCCCGAGGACCGCGACAUCUUUUUGCAGAGCGUCUACCGCGAGGCCAAGGGCAAGGAGCUCAAGAUCGCCAGCAGCCAGUCCUGCUCGCGGCUGAUGGAGCGCCUGAUACAGCUGGCCAGCACCUCGCAGAAGAAGCAGCUCUUCGAGGCCUUUGGCGGCCACUUCCUGUCGCUGGUGCAGCACCGCUUCGCCAGCCACUGCUGCGAGGCGCUCUUCCUCCGCUCCGCCGGCGUCGUCACGCAGGAGCUUGCCGACGGCUUCACCGGCUUCGUCAUGGACACAAAGGGCGCGGAUGUCGAGGGCCAGCAGCCGGAGGCGUCCAUGGAGCACCUGUUCCUCGCGACGCUGGAUGAGCUGGAGGGCAGCCUGGGGUACCUCAUCACCGACCGAUUCGCCUCACAUACGCUGCGGGUCCUGCUGCUCGUCCUGUCCGGGAUGCCCCUGGAAGAACAGUCAUCGCGGACGCUGCUCAAGAGCAAGAGGAAGGAGAAGAUUACAGUUGUCGGGUCGUCAGAGGCGGAUGCGCAGAACCGCGGCAAGCGAGCGGUGCCGGCGUCCUUCAUCAUGGCGGCCAACAAGAUCAUGCAGGAUUCGGUGGAAGGGAUGGAUGCCACGGCGAUCCAGGUCCUGGCCAAGCACCCCAUCGGCAACCCGAUUCUGCAGCUCAUCUUGGAGCUGGACUUGACUCUCAACAAGGGCGAAGCCAAGGGCGCGGCAAAGGGUGAGGAGGGCAAGACUGACGAUGCCUCGCCUUCUCUCCUCCAGAAGCUCCUCCCUGGUGCCCCCAAGUCCCUGUCCGAUGGCUCCUCUGCGGCCUCCGAGUUCGUCAACGGCAUGAUCUACGACCAGAUCGGUUCGCGGCUCAUUGAGACCCUCGUCACGCACGCGCCGGGAAAGAUCUUCAAGGCGCUCAACCAGAACAUUUUCCUACCUAGGAUACAAGGCUACGUCCGCAACGACAUCUCGUGCUACCCUGCCAUCCGGGUACUACAGCGGCUCGGCAAAGACGAUCUCGCCAAGGCCGUCGAUCAGAUUGCGCCGACCGUUCCACAGCUAGUCUCCAAAGCCAGAUAUAACGUCCUGUCGACCCUCUUCGAGCGAUGCGCGGCCAGAAACAUCAAUGACGAGAUCAAGAAGUUGAUGAAGGGCCUGAAAGAGGGCUGUGGCAGUCAGCCCGCCGAUCUAGUCAUGACAUUGUGCUCCCUUUCAGGCAGCGAGGAGGAGGAGCAGAAGAAGAAAAAGGACGUGCAGCAGCUAACCAAGAACCAAUAUGCCGUCCAAUCUCACGGCGCCAAGCUACUGACUACUCUCCUAUCCAUCCCCGGCCCAUCCAAGGCCGUCCACGAAUCCAUCCUCGCUCUGCCAUCCGACCUCGUCCUCCGCCUCGCAGACACAUCGCUGCCCACCGUCACCGUCCUCACCACCGCCAUCAACACGCCGUCCUCCAACUCCCUAUUCCAAAAGGGCCUCGUCAACACGCUCUUGCCGCACAUACCCGAGCUGGCCACGUCACAGUACGGCCACAACCUCGUCAACGCCAUCGCCGAGAUCCCCAGCAAGGGCAAGGACUGGAGCAUACCCCAGCACAUCAAGGACAAGGUCAUGACCGCCCUCGCCUCGCACGAGUCCCAGCUGCGAGAGUCGUGGAUGGGGCGCAGCGUCUGGCGGACGUGGAAGGGAGACAUGUGGAAGACGCGGCGCUUCGACUGGAAGAACUGGAUGAAGGAGCUCGACGAGAUGAAGGCGCCGGCCGCGGCCGCGCCCAAG